AUGAAAUAUUCUAAUGCGCGAAGGCAUGAUACUACUACAGUGUAUAUACGACACGAAACAAGAAAUCCAACGAAACGUCAUGAUCCACAUUAUAAAAACCUAGAUCACCAUGAGAUAUUAAAACUACGCUAG